AUGAGCGAAACAAAGAAGAUCGUCCUCCCCGUCGAGGGCGAGCGCAACGUACUCAUUACGAGUGCGCUGCCCUACGUCAACAAUGUCCCCCAUUUGGGCAACAUUAUUGGCAGUGUCCUGUCCGCCGAUGUGUUUGCUCGUUUCUCUCGCGCGCGAGGCUACAACACGCUCUAUGUCUGCGGAACCGACGAGUACGGCACAGCAACCGAGACGAAAGCGAUCGAAGAAAAGUGCACACCACAAGAGCUUUGCGACAAGUACUACGCGCUCCACUCGGAUGUGUACAAGUGGUUCAACAUCAGCUUCGACCACUUUGGCCGCACACCAACCCAGCAGCAGACGGACAUUGCGCAAGACAUCUUCACGAAACUGCACAAGAACGGGUAUCUCGAGGAGAAGACCACAACGCAACCGUACUGCGAGACGCACAAGAGCUUUCUUGCGGACCGAUUCGUCGAGGGUACCUGUCCGCUGUGCAACUACGACGAUGCUCGAGGUGACCAGUGCGACAAGUGCGGUCAUCUGCUCGAACCCCUUGAGCUGAAGAACCCCCGCUGCAAGCUCGAUGGAGCAACGCCAGUUCCGCGCCAAACGAAGCACGUAUAUCUUUGCCUGGACAAGCUGCAGCCGCUGGAAGAGGAGUGGUUCAAAAAGUCGAGCACAGAGGGCAACUGGAGUUCCAACGGUGUUCAUAUCACAUCGUCAUGGCUGAAGGAGGGUCUGCGCGCACGAGGUAUCACCCGUGACUUGAAGUGGGGAACUGCUGUGCCUCUCGAGGGUUACGAGGACAAGGUCAUGUACGUAUGGUUCGACGCCUGCAUCGGUUACGUCUCGAUCACAGCGACAUACACAGACGAGUGGGAGAAGUGGUGGAAGAACCCCGAGAAUGUCAAGCUGUACCAAUUCAUGGGCAAGGACAACGUUCCUUUCCACACCGUCGUUUUCCCCUGCUCGCAAAUCGGCACCAAAGACAACUGGACCAUGCUCAACACCAUCUCCACAACCGAGUACCUGAACUACGAGAAGGGCAAGUUCUCCAAGUCGAGAAAUAUCGGUGUUUUCGGCAACAACGCAAAGGACACUGGUAUUCCGUCCGACGUCUGGCGUUACUACCUUCUCUCGCAUCGACCGGAGACCGGAGAUUCAGAGUUCGAGUGGGACAGCUUCAUCGCAGGAAACAACAACGAGCUCUUGAAAAACCUGGGUAACUUCGUCAACCGUGUCAUCAAGUUUGUCAACUCCAAGGUCUACGAUUCGGUCGUACCCGAUUACACAAAGUUCGAGGACGAUUACUUUAUCGAGCACAAGAAGAAGGUCAACGAGCUGCUGAAGAAGUACAUUGAGGAGCUCGAGGACGUCAAGAUUCGUGCAGCAUUGAGCACAGCGUUGCACCUGUCCAGUCUGGGUAACCAGCUGCUGCAAGACAACAGACUCGACAACAACCUCGCCACGACCGAGCCUGAGCGAUGUGCUGCGGUUGUUGGAUUGGCUCUGAGCCACAUUCAUCUUCUGGCUAGCUUGAUUGAGCCGUACAUGCCCGACACAACGAAGAACAUCCUCAACCAGCUCAAUGCCGAGUUUUUCAUCAUCCCCGACAACUGGGAAGCCAAGUCGCUGCCCAUCAACCACAAGAUCGGCAAGGCCGCCUACUUGUUCUCCCAGAUCAAGCCUGAGAAGGAGCAGGAGUGGCGCGAGCAGUUUGGUGGCGAAGAGGCACGCAAAGCGAAGGAGGAGAAGGCCAAGAAGGCUGCCGCAAAGAAGGCCGAGAAGGAGAGGAAGAAGGCAAAGAAGGCCGCUGGCAAGGCCGAAGGUGUCGAGGCUGCAGAGAAGGGUAAGGACGGACCGGCAGAUCAAAAGGCCGAGGACGCCAUUUCGAGUGGUGUUGAGCAGGUCACUCUCCAGACGUCGUAG